CCCCCUGCCUCCACCAUGACGGUGAUGUCGGGAGAGAACGUGGACGAGGCUUCGGCCGCCCCGGGCCACCCCCAGGACGGCAGCUACCCGCGGCCGGCCGAGCACGACGACCACGAGUGCUGCGAGCGCGUGGUCAUCAACAUCUCCGGGCUGCGCUUCGAGACGCAGCUCAAGACGCUGGCGCAGUUCCCCAACACGCUGCUGGGCAACCCUAAGAAACGCAUGCGCUACUUCGACCCGCUGAGGAACGAGUACUUCUUCGACCGCAACCGGCCCAGCUUCGACGCCAUCCUCUACUACUACCAGUCGGGGGGCCGGCUGCGGAGGCCGGUCAACGUGCCGCUGGACAUGUUCUCCGAAGAGAUCAAGUUUUACGAGCUGGGCGAGGAGGCCAUGGAGAAGUUCCGGGAGGACGAGGGCUUCAUCAAGGAAGAGGAGCGCCCCCUGCCCGACAAGGAGUACCAGCGCCAGGUGUGGCUGCUGUUCGAAUACCCCGAGAGCUCGGGGCCCGCCCGGGUCAUCGCCAUCGUCUCCGUCAUGGUCAUCCUCAUCUCCAUCGUCAUCUUUUGUCUGGAGACGCUGCCCGAGUUGAAGGAUGACAAGGACUUCACGGGCACCGUCCACCGCCUCGACAACACCACGGUGGUCUACAGCGUCAACAUCUUCACGGACCCCUUCUUCAUCGUGGAAACCCUGUGCAUCAUCUGGUUCUCCUUCGAGCUGGUGGUGCGCUUCUUCGCCUGCCCCAGCAAGACGGACUUCUUCAAAAACAUCAUGAACUUCAUCGACAUCGUGGCCAUCAUCCCCUACUUCAUCACCCUGGGCACCGAGAUAGCUGAGCAGGAGGGGAACCAGAAGGGCGAGCAGGCCACGUCGCUGGCCAUCCUCAGGGUCAUCCGGUUGGUAAGGGUUUUUAGAAUCUUCAAACUCUCCCGCCACUCUAAGGGCCUCCAGAUCCUGGGCCAGACCCUCAAAGCCAGUAUGAGAGAGCUAGGGCUGCUUAUCUUUUUCCUUUUCAUCGGGGUCAUACUGUUUUCUAGCGCAGUGUACUUUGCCGAGGCGGAAGAAGCUGAGUCGCACUUUUCCAGUAUCCCCGACGCUUUCUGGUGGGCGGUGGUGUCCAUGACCACCGUGGGAUACGGUGACAUGUACCCUGUGACAAUUGGAGGCAAGAUCGUGGGCUCCUUGUGUGCCAUCGCCGGUGUGCUGACAAUUGCCCUGCCCGUACCUGUCAUUGUGUCCAAUUUCAACUAUUUCUACCACCGAGAAACCGAGGGGGAAGAGCAGGCUCAGUUGCUCCACGUCAGCGCCCCUAAUUUAGCCUCUGACAGUGACCUCAGUCGGCGCAGCUCCUCCACCAUCAGCAAAUCUGAGUACAUGGAGAUCGAAGAGGAUAUGAAUAAUAGCAUAGCCCACUUUAGACAGGCCAAUGUCAGAACUGGUAAUUGCACCGCAGCUGACCAAAACUGCGUUAAUAAGAGCAAGCUACUGACUGAUGUUUAAAAAGCCAAAAGCAAAGAAACUAAAAAGCCCCCACUUAGCAGCUUGAAAGACUUAAAACACCAAACCAAACCAAACCCCCAGUGACCCAGGUCACUCGUUGUAGAUACUUCACUAAAUAGUCUUUGAAUGCUCUCUCGAACUGUCAAUGCAUUGUUGCAUUGCCAAUGUUGGGGGGUGGCAAACCCGAAGCCUUCAGGAGCCAU